GAAAUCCCCGCUGAAGUCGCAGCCGCGCUUUUAGCACCGCGCUCCGCCUCCGUGCCGGCAGAACGCCGCUGCCACCGACCCGAGAGCAGCCUGAGCGCUCCGUGCCCCUCCGAACCGAGCCUGAGCUCUCCGUGUCCCGCCGAGCCUGGGCGCUCCGUGUCCCGCCGAAUCGAGCCCGGGCGCCCCGUGCCGAGCCCCGCCGAGCCCCGGCGCUCCGUGCCCCGCCGAGCCCCGUCCCGCCGCCGCGAUGCUGCCCGGCCGGACCCUGCGCAAAGCCGCGCCGCCAGCCGCACCUGCAGGGCGCGAGGCGGCGGUGGAGUGCGCCCUGGAGCUGACCCGCAUCGGCGACAGGUGGGACCUGCGGCAGAGGCUCCUGAACCUGCUGGCCAAGCUGUUCUGCCCCGGAACGUGGGCUGCCCGCGGACACGGCGAGCGAAGCGGAGGAGGACCUUGGCUUUGUGGGAUUGGAAGAAGAGGCUCCACAGACAUUGGGAGAUGAAGAAACCUCAAAUCUCGCUGCGUUGUAUUUAGGUGACUGCAGCCGCUGGAGGAUGGCUAUCACAUGUUUUCUCUGAAGAAUGUUACAGCAAUACUGGCGUAUGAAUGCAAGGUGGGGAAAAAAGAUAACGAUGGGCCAAGCCCCUAAACUGUGCAGUGGUGACUUGGGGCAAGCUGGUGACGUGGGGAGAUUUGGGACAAGACUGAACUUGCCCUUCACAGUGGUCCGAGAACACUUUCAGGAACCCAGUUUCCCCAGUCACCCUCUGGUCCCAAGCAGUUCAGCGUGCCUACAGGAUGAAGCAAAAAAAAUCUGUCAGUCUGUUGGAACUUGGGAUAACACGCCACACAGGAAAAGCCAGUUGCUGGACCUUUGACUGCUCCUCUUCUCUAAAGUGUGGAUCCUGCUGGACAGGGAUCUACUGGUGGUUAUUAAAAUUUGUUAAAGACAACCACUAUCUUUAUUGGAAGGUUAUUUGUUACAGGAUAUUGUUUUUUGGACUAAAAGUUGUAAUUCUAUGAAUUAACACAGUGUUGCAUAGUUCUAGUCUAUAGUAAAAAUAUAUAGUAUAAGUUUAUAUAUAUAUAUAGUAUGUAUACAUAAAAUAUAAAUGUGUGCACUGCUUGUGCAUGUCAUAAGUAUUUAACUAUUAAUCAAAAGUUGUUUGUUUAAUCUCAAAACAGUAUGAAAAUAUAUUCAAAACAUGACAAAACUCAAUAUAAAAAGGUAUUAUAUAAACAACAAAAAAGGAUCAUAUUUUCUGAUGAUAAAGGAAAUAAAUCAUGCUUCAGAGAGGGAAGCAUACUUUGGCAUUAUAUAAGAUAUGUAUCUGAAUAGAAAUUACACAAACACAGAUACAUAGGUAAUUGUGGAAGGAUUCUUUCAAUAUUACAAAGAAUUUCUUGAUAACAGUACAAUUCUGCUGUGUCUUUAUAACUAACAAAAUAACUUCAGUAGAAGUAGAUCCUAAAGUUGAAUCUCAAAUUUUGCUGAGAAUGUUAUUUAUUCAAAGAAAGCAACUACCUCUCUUUGAAGAAAUAAUAGAAUUGAGCAUUUCAGUGGUACAAGAAAGUAGCCUUGGAUUUUUGAAUGUUUAAUUAUACUUAUGGACAAAGGUUCUUACCUUGUACUUUCUUUCCAUUUCAUUUCAUGGCCUCAUUUCAGUUCCAGAAUGAUGGAGCUGUGGCAGCACAUCCAGUGGCUGGUUACAUGGGGAUGACCCAUCUCACUGAGGGGAUAUUGCCUUUGGCUGGCUUCGGAGGAGCUGAAUUAAACAUAUUGGUUGCUGUGAAGGCAAACAGUAAAUUUGCCAGUCAAUUCGUGUCAGGCUCCACCCUAAACAGUAUUUUUCAUGGGUCCAAGACAGCAAGAAAAAGGCUGAUGCUGUUUCAUAGCUACCUCUAAGGUCACUGGUGAGAGCUCCUUCUCUUAACUACUCUUGUAUAUAAGCACAUUUGCAUUUUUAAGGCUGUAUAGUUACACUUUGUUAUUUGUGUCUAUUCAAAUUAUGUCUUCUUCUCUCUUGUGGUGAAUUCUUUUUUGUAUUUAUAAUUUAUUUUUCUGUUACAUCUUCUUAAUCUGCCUUUGCAAAAUUGUCAUUAUGUAACUCUGGUCACUCUCACAGCCUGUGCAGGGGUUGUUACGUAUUGACACUGACUUCUGUCACUGAGCAGAAGCUGACUGACUUAGCCUUCUUUCCACAUGGAAGACUUAACCCCAUCCAUCCCAGUGGUGUUACAGGGAGCACUGCUGUUGGCUUGAGCCACAUGUAUGGUUCCCUUCCCUUCUAAGCGAGCCAGUACCUUUUCAGGGAGAAUACAAUAUUUCAAAAAUAGCUGUUAUUUAUCUUAUACUGCAAAGCAGUGCAUUUUACUGACAUGUACAUAGGUCAGUUUUUCGGGUACUAAAAAAUAAAGGCAAAGAGUUUCAGACCAGCAGAACAUCAGCUCCCAGGUUAGCACUGCAUCCAGCUGGGCAAAACUUCACCAAAGACAUCUCCAGCUUGGUAAGAAGGGUUGCUGUUGUAUAUCCUGUGCUUGGUGGAGUCUUGGAAUCUUCAUCAAGGACACUGAACAAUGACGAUGCCUAUCUGGAACUCUCAGAAGAACUCAGCAUUAGCAUUCACAUUAGUAGCUGAAAAGUAUGUGAAUAAAACUGUUCUGUUCAAUGAAUGCUGCUUUCAAAGUCAACAGGAAACGGGGUGUGGAUUUGUAGAACCCACCCUCUUCUUCAGGCUGUAGCACAUAUAAAUAUUACCAAAAAAAAGUAUACUCAUAAAUGCAGUCAUGGGGAUAUCCAAGUUUACUGUUAGCACAGUAUUUGUCUGCCUAGUUAUGCAAAGACUAUUUGCUUUUUUUUUCAAAUGUUUUAGGUUUUUCUGUGCAUUGUUAAGAAUGGCAGUGUUUAACAGGAGCUCAGGAAAAAGGCACAGAUGCAAGAGGUCAGUGCCAGUAUAUGACCAAGUGCUUGCUGAUGUCCACCCUAGAUUUCUUUUUUUACUUCUGCAAAGGUUCUGCUUUAUGACUUUAUCAACAUGAGUUUGUUUUCCUUAAGGCCUGUUCUGGAUGCGUGCCAGAUGUGUUGCUGUAUGCCUCAUGCAUGUAUGUCUUGAAUACUUGCUAAGAUAAUAAAUACAAAGUGUUUACGAGAAAAA